AUGCCUUUCAACACGGCUUUGACCAGGGCGCUGGGCAUUUCAGUCCCGGUUGUGCAGGGAGGCAUGCAAUGGGUCGGAUAUGCGGAACUUGCUUCGGCCGUCAGCAACGCUGGUGGACUUGGUAUUCUUACUGCCCUCACACAACCAACCCCUGAAGACCUCCGCAAAGAGAUCCGCAGGUGUCGAUCCAUGACCAAGAAGCCCUUCGCCGUCAACCUGACCCUCCUUCCCGCACUCGUUCCUCCAGACUACGCCGCCUAUGCCCAGGUGAUCAUUGAUGAAGGCAUCAAGAUCGUUGAGACAGCAGGAAACAACCCUGGCCCGGUGAUUCACCAGCUAAAGAAGGCCAACACCAUCAUCCUCCACAAGUGCACGACCGUGCGGCAUGCCAAAUCGGCUGUGAAGCUGGGGGUCGACUUCCUGUCAAUCGACGGGUUCGAAUGCGCGGGGCACGUCGGUGAAACCGACAUUACCAACUUUAUUCUCCUCAGCCGUGCGCGACAGGAGCUGAAGGUGCCGUUCAUUGCGUCCGGUGGGUUCGCCGACGGUCAGGGGCUUGCUGCUGCCUUGGCGCUCGGAGCGGAGGGCAUCAACAUGGGUACCCGCUUCAUGUGCACAAUCGAAGCCCCAAUCCACCACAAUGUCAAGGAGGCGAUUGUCAAGGCGGAUGAGACGGACACGGCUUUGGUACUCAGACGGUGGAAGAAUACAACCCGGUUGUUCGGAAACAAGGUGACACAGGAGGCGUUGAAGGUGGAGAAGGAGAGCAAGACGGGUGACUUCAGCGAGAUCGCUCCCUUUGUGAGUGGCAAACGUGGACGGCAGGUUUUCCUCAACGGCGACGUUGACUUUGGAGUCUGGACCGCCGGUCAAGUCAUUGGCUUGAUCCACGACAUCCCGACGUGCGCUCAGCUGCUCGAGCGAAUUGAGAAGGAAGCUGUUGAGACGCUGGACCGCUCCAGGUCGUUGCACACGGCAACCAUUCCAAGCAAGUUGUAG